AUGAGCUUGCAAAGCGAAAAGAAAAAGGGCCUAGACUAUUUAGCCAAAGUCGGAAUAAAAGAAGCUAAAGCGCAAGAGCUGCUGGAGAACAAAAGGGUGAGAAAUGUGCUUGAAGCUAUUGAAGCAGAGAUAGAAACCCCAGAGAAUCUAGAUUCUGAGCAGAAAAAGCUCCUGUAUAAGGUAAUUGAAUUAGCAAAUAGCGCAAGUACUGCAAAAAUAUGUGUUGAGCUGAUUAAAAAGACAGAAAUAAAAACAGAAAUCGAUAUUAGAAAUGCAGAGAGUAUUAUAAAACACAGUACACGCGAGAUGAGUGUUGAUGAGAUUGUAGAGCAGAUGCAUCGAAACAUACCGUCUCUGCCAGAGAUGGAAAAUGUUGCGGCUGCUAUCAUGCAGGAGAAUGCAGGCGAGCCAAAGGCAAAAGUGCUGAGAGAGCUGAAGCACCAUCCAAGGCUGCAGUUUGUGGCGCCAAAAACGAUUCUUGAGCUGAUGGGCAGGCUGGAAAUAAAAAGCGUGGCUGAGGGGAAGGGAAAAAAGCUAGAAAAGAGUGUGGGUGGCCUGACAGAUGAAAUGAUUAAUGAGCUGCUUGAAAUGGCAACACAAGCACACCCGCCGACUCGAACAAUAAAUAAAAAAUUCCAACAAUUGACAAUUUCAGAUGAGCUGUACAACAGCAAAGACAGAAAAUGGACGCGGUAUCUUGAGGGAGAAAUGCAAACAAUGCACACGCCCUUUACGAACUACCAAAAAAACAACGAGAUUCUUCGAGAGCACAUCAAGAGAACACGGGGGCAGGUGCGCGUGCGGUUUCCACCAGAGCCAAAUGGCCACUUGCACGUUGGCCAUGCAAAGGCUAUGAGUAUAAACUUCGGGUAUAAGGAGUUCUAUGAUGGAUGGAUAUCUCUGCGAUACGACGACACAAAUCCAAAGGCAGAGAAGACGAAGUACUAUGAAAAAAUAAAAGAGAUGGUUGAGUGGAUGGGUUUCAAGCCAGAUGAAAUCACAAAUGCGUCUGAUUAUUUUGAUAGGCUGUACGAAUGCGCAGUUGAGCUGAUCAAGCGAGGAAAGGCGUAUAUAUGCCAUCUGUCGCGAAAAGAGGUUGCAGAAAAGAGGAAAGAGACCAUGGCAACAAAGAUUGAUGAAUGCAAAGAAAAGGAAGCUGCAGGAGAGGAUGCAGGCGAAAGAGUUAUCAGCCCAUGGAGAGACAGGCCAAUUGAGGAAAACCUUGAGCUCUUCCAGAAGAUGAAGGAUGGGCACUAUGAAGAAGGGGAGGCUGUUCUAAGAAUGAAGAUGGACAUGACAAGCGACAAUCCACAGCUGUGGGAUCUGAUUGCAUACCGGGUGGUGAAGCACCCGCAUGUGCGCACGGGAGACAAGUGGGUCAUCUAUCCAUCGUAUGACUUUACACACUGUUUGACUGAUUCGUUCGAGGACAUAACACACUCGUUCUGCACGACCGAGUUCAUCAACUCGCGGGCAAGCUACAACUGGCUGUGCGAUGCGCUGGAUCUCUAUAGGCCUGUGCAGUGGGAGUACUCAAGGCUCAACAUCACAGGAGCCCUUCUAAGCAAGCGGUACAUAACCAAGUCAAUCAAUGAGAAGAAAUUCACCGGAUGGGACGAUCCAAGACUUAGCACUCUAGAGGGCCUUCGAAGCAAGGGAGUGCCUGCCCACAGUAUUCGCAGAUUUGUGGAGUCACUUGGAAUUACAACAGUGGCAAGCGAGACCCCACAGCACGUUCUUGAAAAUAUCAUUCGAGAGGACCUUUUCCUGUCUUCUAAGUCUACUGCUAUUCUUGAUCCACUCACAAUUGAGGUGCCCACUGGAACAAUUCUUGUAGAUAGAAAGGACUUUAGAGCAGGUGAGCCUGACCCAUCCUUCUACAGAAUACAAAGAGAUACUACUGUCUUCCUAAAGGAUAUAGGCCCGUUGAAGCUUGUGGAUGAGGAGAAGCGUAUUCUUGGAAAGUCUAAGGACACACACAAUGCAGUGGUGCCUUGGCUGCCAACUGAUGCGCCUACUGCCAUUCUUGAAAUCGUGCACGAUAAAGAAAUUGCAGAAUAUAAGACUGCGCGUGUCUCGCCAGAGAUAGCCAAAUCACCUGUGGGUGUUUACUGGCAGUUUAUAAGAAUAGGAUUCUUUAUUCGGAUAGAGGACAAGGAUAACCUUCGUUUUAGAAUGGUUGUUCCUCUUAAGUCUUCGCCAUUACUUGAAUAA